CUGGGCGUAUGUCUAUCCCUACUAAAAAUCAGGCGCUGCCUCGAUCGACGCAGCCCUACUCUCACAACACGGAUUGCUGCCAUGAGGAUUAGCAGCGGGAGAGUCAUGAAAAGAGGGGCAAGGCUGCUUGACGGGAGGUGCGAUGACUUAGAGUAAAGGGAUAUAUAGAUAUAUAUGGCUACCCUCGAGGGCCGGGCAGCGAUAUACAUCAGCAAGCGGUUUGAAACCAGACAGUGGGACUUUGAGGCGUCGGAGAACUGGUGCCGGGUGUGGAUUCCCGAGAUGGAUCUCGGCCAGGGAAGCCGUGGCUUUGAACUGUGGUCUAUCUACAAUCCUCCAAGCAGCAAGGAAGUGCCGAGUGCCCUCUCCGGCCGGCCGAAGCCGAAUCACCAAGUGGUUUUGGCGGGAGAUUUCAAUCUACAAUACCCCCUAUGGGACAAGUUCGAGCGAUACGACAGAAGAGCCGAGGGCCUGCUACGGCUAAGCUCCCACUAGGAUCUCGUCAUCCGGACGCCGAGAGGAGCAGUCACACGAGCUCCACAAGGGUAGUAGCGAGGUCGUACGUCAACCAUUGACCACUUAUGGACUUCGGCAGACCUACAAACAG